AUGGAGACCCCGACCGCAUUGCCCAAUUCAACCCACACCGGGCCGCCGAUCUAUCUAUCGACAAGCGAGGAGGGGAGAACUCCGGCCACUGUCAUUACCAUCGGCGCUGUGUUCUCAGCUCUGGCAGUGAUCGCUACCGCUUUACGCUUCUACUGUCGUGCCUAUAUCACUCGUGCCGGUUUCAUGACCGACGACUGGCUGAUGCUGGCGGCCUGUUUCUUGACAGUCGGCAUGGGUGUCAUGCUCAUCGUCGGAGGUGCAAUUCACGCAUUGGCACAGCCGACUAUUCAAGGUUGGGGCCCUACGGACUACUUUUGGAUUACAGAUGACGCCGAAGUGAACACAGAGAAGAUCUUUUGGGUCUUCAUAAUGGUGCAAGACGUGGCAUUCGGUCUUGUCAAGCUGUCAAUUCUAUGCUUCUAUAGACGAAUAUUCCCCAGCAAGGUUUUCAGGGCUCUCAACACGACAUUGAUAGUCAUCACGACCAUCUGGACUGUUGGGUUUUUCUUCGCUUACAUGUUCCGCUGUGGGACUAACUUCUGGGCCUUAUGGGCUCCUCUUCAGUAUCUCAUUCAGUAUUGCUAUGACAGCACGGCUAUGUUCUAUACCUUAGCCAUCUCAGAUGUAGCGACGGAUGUGUUCAUAUUAAGCCUUCCACUUUUCUGGUUGUUCAAACUGAAUAUGACUCCGGCCAAACGCCUUGCAGUCUCCGGAGUAUUCCUUCUUGGCUUCAUAGAAAUCGGCACCGGUAUCACCCGCCUUGUCUACUUUGUCAAACAGACAACGAACUACCUCAAAACCGCAGACGGAAUCGGGCUUCUCACAACCUUGAUGUUUUGGUCCAUGGUUGAGAUGGGGAUCGCCGUCGUUGCCGGGUGCCUGCCUACCAUCUGGCCACUCAUCAGCAAGAUCUCGGUUGAAGAAAUGGUCAGGUCUGUCCGUAGUGCUCUGUCAUUGGAAAGUCUGCGCGACCUAGCCAGGGUGUCGUCAAAGGGCAGGAGCCGACCAGACGACCAAUUUGAAGACUAUGCCCAGGAUGCGGGGCCCUAUUUCCAGUUUUCCGAGUCCAUCGGCAAGAGAAGUGACCGUGAUAUCUCCGCAAAAACAUCACACGCGGAGCACGAGCCAAAGGAGAGCGUGGCCUUGAGGAAACUGAACGCUGAACCUGAGAACCAAAUGCUGCCUCAUUUGAGAGGUGACAACUGCGCUCAGGGCUGA